AUGGCGUCCCGCGCGCCGGAACCGCCCGCGAACGAUGAACCUGCCAAAUUCCUCACCCCUACUUUGGCCAGUAUAACGGAGUCGCUAUCUAUACUCGGCCUGAGCCCGGAGACGCUCGCCAUGAGCCUGGGCGAGUCGCUCGCCGAGCGCUACCUGUCCGCGCUGCGCUCGAAGCCCGCGGAGAGGCCGCUGCCGCCGAGCACGUGCGGCGCCCCGAAGCGCGCGCCGCUCGCCGAGCCGUCGAAUCUCCAGCUUUUCUCCAAUGACUUCAUCGACUAUCUGAACCAAAUCGCGUAAACCCUGCUCGUAGAACUUGUGCGACGAUAACGAACUCUUUAUGUGUGUCCUCCUUUGAGGCGUUAGAAAUAAUUUUUGUUAAAAUUAAGUUGGUAUUAUUGAAAAUAAUUUUAUGUAUCGGUUUAGAUCGUACUAUUGAUUUUAUUUUAAUUUUAUUCUGCACUUUGUUGUUUAAAAUAGCUAGAUGUUGAUUUUAUCAAAAAUAAUAAUUAAUAUUAGAGGUAUGCAUAGUGACACCAGAAAUUGCAUUUUUUUUUAAAUUUUCGUUUCAACCUUAAACCGGAAAUAUUCCUUUUGAAGGAGACCAAGAGAAGUUUUUUUAAUUUUAUGACCUUGCAGUGAUACUGAUACGGUAGCCCUAUGUAAUAGGGUGUUCGAGUGGUGUGUUGUUUAGUUCAAUUUAGUUUAUUAGUUAUGUUUUAUUUUAGCAAAAUUUUAAACUUUUAAACUUAACCUUAAGUGUUAUACAAUAUUUUCGUAGGUUUAUGUCGAUUUUUUCUUCUCUCCCACCAACUGGCACACGAUAUCUGUGAGGGGUUACAGAUGCCAUCUUAGGCUAUUUUCUUUGAUAUCAUUUUCAUUUACUUACAAAUAUUUUCACUUAAUUAUGGUAGAGGAAUUUACUUAUAAGUGAUUGCUGUGUCACCAAUAAUAUGAUUAGCAUGUCAAUAUUAUGUAUUACAUUUGUCGUAAGGUCACGAUGCGAUAUCGACCUGUUUUGUUUCCACUGAAAUUACAAUUAUGAUUAUAUUCAGUGAUCAGCGGAGUCGUAUAUGAAAAAUUAAAUUUUAUAUUGAAUAUAACUUUUGGAAUCGUGCCAUAUCAAAUGAAAGAACCUCAAAUAUUUGGAACAGAAAUUAUUUUAUAAGAUAAAUGUCCGCUUAUCACUGAACGCAUUUAUUUAUGAUAUUUUUUUCGUUAUUAUCAUAAAAGUUCUUGGCUACGCCUAUACUUUAGGUUAAGGGUUUUCUUAUAAUUAUCAUGAAUGUCUAUUUAUUUGUAAGGAUAGCGCUUCAACAUUUAAUAAGCGUAUAAGUGAUGCACAUUUACUCAUUAAUGUUUAACGUUAACGUUUUAGGUAAGUUUUUGAUACAUUUGAUACUUACUACUCGCAAGUGAUUACAAGUGAUAAAAAUUCUAGACCUAGUGCGUGUUUAGGAAAUAGUGAAGAAACUAAGUGGUGCGGAUCGGUAGGCGCUUUACUGGCUUGAUUAGGCUGCUUCUCCACGGGUUUGCGAGCGCGUGUCUUUUCCAACUAUGGUAUUUUUAGGCAAAGAGAGAACGCUUUUUGGGAACGGGACUCGAUGCAGACCUGUGGAUGAGCUGCUUAAGAGAAUAGGGAUAUCGUUAUACCCGUGGACGCACAAGUUCACAAUGUAGGCAAUAAUUCUAUGAAGACUAAUUAACAAUUUUUAUAGGUAAAAAUUUUUGCAUUAUUCUAAAAAAAAUUGAAACUGCCAUUUACCUUUUUACUAAACUAAUCGCUAGGUUUCAAAAUGGGGGCGACUUUGUUUUGGAAUCGUUGUUCAUAUUGGACUGAAUACGUUUUUUUCAUACAUGUUGCGUAGUUCGUAGAGACUUAUAUCAUCAUCUAUCACGCGCACGUCAUCACGCUAUCAUCCGCAUCACUGCACAUCAUCAGUUGUCAUCCCUGUCAUCUGGCAUGGUUUGAGUGGCGACGAUCUGGCUUACUACUACCUGCUCCUCGAGAUUUGUUUUUGGAAAAAGUAUUUUUAUUAUUAUAAGAAGUUCGAUUAAACAUUGCUGUUACAUUAUUUUCAAAAAAAAAAAAAAUUGUUUUAUUUUUAAAUAUUUUUUUGUAUAAAAAUAUGAGGGAUUCUAGUCGCCAGUUCGUCGAGUAUGGUUGUACGUAUAUUAAUACCUCUCUAAACCUUUAACAUUUUGUAUUCUCUCGCUUAAAAGUUACUGUAAGAUUGAGAAUAUUAUAUCGAAAACUAUGAUAGCACAGUAUAGUAUUUGUAAAUAAUACCGUUUUUCUACACGCAGAUGCUUACAAAGUGUUUAUUGAGAUAUAUUAAUGCAUAUUUCUAGUUUAGCCAUAAAUCGAUAGUACAUAAUGUCAACAAUAUCAAAGAUCCCUAAUUAUUUUAAAACGAUCUCGCGCAAGUGUAAUGUCAUCUCAUAUGUUAAUCAAUUUUAAUUUUAUCGAAGUUUGCUCGUUCGAAUAUAGAAUUAUAUUUAAAAGUUUAAUGUGCAUUUAUAUAAAUGUAUAUUAUGUAACCAAUAAAAAUAUUUGAAAAAAAAAUUAAAAAAAUAACGAGCUGUUGUUGGUAUAUUUAGGAAAAUAUUAAAAAAAGAACCAGAUCAUCUGAUGGUGGCCAUGUACAAAUGAAAAAGUGAAAUGCCAUUACACUUGGGAUAUUUAGUAAAGCGACACUAUAGAAACAUAUUGUUUAAUAGUCAAUACAGAGCCAUCUAAGUAGAUGUAUAUGAAUGGAAUAUAAUGACGCGAAGAAUCAAGUCAUUUCCCCCUCUCUCCGGUACAAAUUCAAAGUAAAUACGAUAUAUUGGAAAUUUGAAUGAUAUCCAGUUUUACGAGUUUAUUAAAGUCCUCCGAAAUAAUAAGGAUCUUUUUAAUAUUUUAUAAAGAGUGACAUUACCUCUCUAGAAUUAAAUAGAAAUUUUAUAAUAUAUUCAUCAAAAGGCUCCUAAAUACGGUUUCAAAACUAGCCUUUAUAAAUUAUGUAUGAAGGGUUUACUUGAAAUACAAGUAGUACUUUCAGUUGCACAGUACAAAACAUAAUGGAAAGCGUAUCUUAAUAGUUGCUUACCAAUCAAUAAUAUAGCAAUCUUCCUCUGUUAUUUCUAUUUUUCAAAAUAAAAAUAAUGAUUUACUCCUUUUUAUAGUACUAAUAUUAAGUAUAUAACUUAUUUAACCUUUUUAACUUGAAUUAUUAUGUACAUUUAAGUACUAUUGGUAAUUUUACCUUUAAUAUUGUUAAGAGUUUUCCUAGGUCAAACUAUUUUUAAAAUUCAGUAUUUCAUUGAAACUACUCUUCCAUCGUCUUUACUCCAUUUACUCUCAAGAUAUUUACCAAAGCUCCUUGAAGUAGUGAAGAGGAAACCAAUCUGAUAUGAAACUGAAGGUUGUGUAGAUUUAGGUGGGAGGCACGUUUAUAAAAUAGUUUUGACUUAUUCCUACUCUCUUAUACGACAGAUACAUAAUCGUAGUAUGUUUUAAUUAUUCAUAUUUUAGUCACUUAGUUAUUUGUUCAGUUUAAAUAAAUGUAAUUAUUACACGAACGUUGCCAACUUCUUAGUUUAUUUGCACAUAUUUGUUAAAUUUUUGUAAUUAAUAACAAUUUAUUUAGACACCUACAUUGAAAUUUCUUCAUGUUGAAUUUAGUGUGGUGUAAUUUAGUGAAUUGCUUAAAAGUACAAAGAAACAAUUUGUUACUUUUGCAAAUUUUAUAAAGUAAAUCAAAUACAUAUUAAACUAAAAGUAACAGUGAUCUAGAUAAUGUUUACGAAAUAGUUGCCUGUAAAUCCUAAAUGACAAGCGCAAUUGUUUGUACUAAACAAGUGGGUAGCCGUUAUCUUGGUUUUAAAGAAAUCUUGUAUCUUGUUUUACGUUGGUAAAUUAGGAGCGAAAAUUGUUACUUAUUAUAAAACUAUAUCUCGUAUUAGUUCUCUUGUAUAUUUAUUUGAACUUGUAUUUUAUCAAAUGCUUUUAGUAUAGAUCAUAGUAGGAGCACGCCAUAGUAGACAACCAUCGGCAUAAUACGUGCUGGACUAGGUCUCUUGCUUUCCAACCUAGAUUAGUCUAACCUUAUUCCAACGGUAGUUCUCAUUUAGGAUCAUAGGUCUUUUCUUUAACGAUAAAGUGUGAAUGGGAUGAGUGUUCGUGGUCAUAUUUAAUAUAAGUCAUCACUUUAUUUUCAUUAUUACUUAUUGCUAAUGUUCUCGCCACAAGCGAGUUUUGUUAUAAAAUCGUGUACAUUCUGGUCAUAGGCACUACUUGUGCAUAGUUAUUUCAAAGUAUCAUUAACUUUUUUUUGAUAAAUUCACUAUCAUUACUAUAUUAUCUUAUUGCACUCUUUUAUCUACCCUGCCCCAUAACAUUUAACUUUAGCUAUACGUAAUUGGCAUAAAUUCAUUAAAAUGUAAGGAACUUUUGUCUUUUCCAAAAAAUAUAUAGGUACAGUCCCAAAAUGUGAUAGGUAGGAAGACUUAGGUCGCGCGUGCUAAGACUAAAAAGGGCUAGUUAUAGUUAAGCUAUUUAAUGGUUAGAAAACAGA